AUGGAAUUUAAAGUUUCUUCCUGGCUUCUGUUGGUUUCCUUUUGCUCAUUCUUUUUCGGGUUACAUCCAAUAUCUGGCCAAUGUCUUAAUGACCAGAAAUCGUUGCUACUGGCGUUGAAAAAUGAUCUCAAAUUUGAUUCUUCACUCUCGACCAAACUCGUGGGGUGGAACCAAAGUGCUGACUGCUGUCAUUGGGGUGGUGUGGCAUGCGACAAAGCAGGUCAUGUCACAGGAAUUGAUAUUAGUAACGAAAGCGUAAGUGGUGGGAUCGAUGGUUCCUCCGCUCUUUUCGGUCUUCGCUUUCUUCGGUCCCUCAACCUGGCGUAUAACAGCUUCCAUUCCGCUCAGUUGCCGUCGGGGUUUGGAAAGCUUACUCUCAUGAGCUAUCUGAAUUUGUCUAAUGCAAAUUUCCAAGGCCAGAUUCCUGGAGAUUUUCCCUUAAUGAAGAGGUUGGUUACUCUUGAUAUCUCUUCAAGUCCCUACUAUACUCUUGCUCUUGAAAAUCCAGAUCUCAAAAUGCUGAUUCAGAGCCUUACGGGACUAAGAGAACUCUAUCUCGACAAUAUCAACAUUACGACACAUGGGUAUCACUGGGCUGAGCUCAUAUCUUCUUCCCUGCCCAACUUGCAGGUCUUAAGCUUGAAGGGUUGUGGUCUUUCAGGUCCUCUGGACUCUUCACUUGCUAACCUUAAAUACCUUUCUGUUAUUAUUCUAGAUGAAAAUACCUUCUCAUCGGAUGUCCCUGAGUCAUUUGCAAACCUCCAAAACCUGACAGUUUUGAGCCUUCAAGCAUGCAAUCUUAGUGGAUCACUUCCUAAGAAAAUCUUCCAGGUACCUAGUCUAAAGACGAUCGAUCUUUCAAGUAAUGUAGUACUUAAUGGUCCUCUACCUGAGUUCCCUGAGAAUGGAUCUCUUCAGAAUCUGGUGCUUAGUUACACAGUUGUUGGGGGGACCCUUCCAGAUUCUAUUGGUAGCCUUAGAAUGUUGUCCAGGAUAGAACUUAGAGGCUGCAAAUUCAGUGGACCACUUCCAAAGUCGAUGCAAAACCUUACUCGUCUUGUCUAUUUGGAUCUUUCAGUUAAUCAGUUCAACGGUCCAAUCCCAUCGUUUCAGUUGUCUAAGAAUCUAGUCUCGGUAAAUUUCUAUCAGAACAAUCUAACUGGUGGAAUUCCUUCUCACUGGGAAGGUCUCAAUCGUCUUCAGUUUCUUAAUUUGGGUUACAACUCUUUGAGUGGGAAUUUACCUGAGUCUUUGUUAACCUUGACAUCACUUGAGGAUUUAGAACUUCCCAACAACAGGUUAUCUGGUCAAAUUAGUAAACUUACUGACGUUUCCUCUUUUCGACUACGUGAUCUGGAUCUGAGUGGCAACAAAUUUGAAGGCCCAAUUCCUGGAUUCAUCUUCAAACUUCCAAGACUUUCGACUCUCGCGCUUGCUACGAAUAACUUCGCGGGCAGUGUAGACCUGGACAUGUUUGGAAAGUUGGAGGAGCUUUACGCACUUGAUCUUUCUUUUAAUGAUCUCGUGGUCAGUGUAAAUGCAAACAGAUCAACCUUUUCAUCACUCUCUAAACUCAACUCAUUGAUGUUAGCUUCAUGCAAGAUGCAACAGCUUCCUGAUCUGCAGAAUCAGUCAAGACUGAUGAUGCUAGAUCUUUCAGACAACCAACUAAGUGGUGAAAUACCCAACUCGAUCUGGAAAGUUGGCAAUGGAUAUCUGCGGUUUCUAAAUUUGUCACACAAUAAGUUUUCAAGUCUCCAAAAGCCUUACACUUUUCCUUUUCUACUUGAUGUUCUUGACUUGCAUUCUAAUCACCUGACAGGAGAUAUCCCGAUUCCUCCAAGACGAGUUUAUCAUCUGGAUUACUCGAGCAACAACUUCGGAUCUUCUAUCCCAGCUAAUUUCGGAAACGUUCUCACCUCGACUUUAUACUUUUCCAUUUCCAACAGUAAAGUGGUUGGAGUGAUCCCUGAGUCAAUAAGCAAUGCCAGCUCCCUGCAUGUUCUUGACUUAUCACAGAAUGCACUUAGAGGUCCAAUUCCAUCGUCAAUUGGAAACUUCAAAGUCCUAGAAUCCUUGGACCUUUCAGUCAACAUGUUAAAUGGGAGCAUUCCAGAGCAGCUUGCAAAUCUUACUUCACUUUCAUUCCUAAAUCUAUCUUAUAAUCAUCUUUCUGGAAAAAUCCCACAAGGCUCAGUGUUUCAGGCAUUGACAGAGUUGUCGUUUGAGGGAAACCGAGGGCUGUGUGGCCCCCCUUUGAAGAAGAGUUGUGAUAAUAAGCAAAUGUCACCACAAGUUGAAUACUAG